CUUUACCUUCUUUACCAGCCCAGGCUUUCCCAGCCCUGCACAGUGCCGUGGUGCUGCUCGUGUUUCAUCUGCCAGUCGCAGAGAGUCGCUGCCACUGCGGAGUGGGCGCUGGGUUUUCGGGUCGUCAUGGCUGGAUACGAAUACGUGAGCCCGGAGCAGCUGGCCGGAUUUGACAAGUACAAGUACAGUGCUUUGGAUACCAAUCCGCUCUCUCUGUAUAUCAUGCAUCCAUUUUGGAACACUAUAGUGAAGGUAUUUCCUACUUGGCUGGCUCCCAAUCUUAUAACCUUUUCUGGAUUUCUGCUGGUUGUAUUCAAUUUCCUACUUCUGACAUACUUCGAUCCUGACUUUUAUGCCUCAGCACCAGGUCAUAAGCAUGUGCCUGACUGGGUGUGGAUCGUCGUGGGCAUCCUCAACUUUGUGGCCUACACUCUAGAUGGAGUAGAUGGAAAACAAGCACGUAGAACCAAUUCCAGCACCCCUUUAGGGGAGCUGUUUGACCAUGGCCUGGAUAGUUGGUCAUGUGUUUACUUUGUUGUGACUGUGUACUCCAUCUUUGGACGAGGACCGACCGGUGUCAGUGUUUUUGUUCUUUAUCUCCUGCUUUGGGUAGUUUUGUUUUCUUUCAUCCUGUCUCACUGGGAAAAGUAUAACACAGGCAUUCUUUUCCUGCCCUGGGGCUAUGACAUUAGCCAGGUGACUAUUUCUUUUGUCUACAUAGUGACUGCAGUGGUGGGAGUUGAGGCCUGGUAUGAACCUUUCCUGUUUAAUUUCUUAUAUAGAGACCUAUUCACUGCAAUGAUUAUUGGCUGUGCAUUAUGUGUGACUCUUCCAAUGAGUUUAUUAAACUUCUUUAGAAGUUAUAAAAGCAACACCCUGAAGCACAAUUCCGUUUAUGAAGCUAUGGUCCCCUUCUUCUCUCCGUGUUUGCUCUUCACUCUGUCUACAGUGUGGAUCCUCCGGUCUCCUUCAGAUAUUUUAGAAAUACACCCUAGAAUAUUCUACUUCAUGGUUGGAACAGCUUUUGCCAAUAUCACAUGUCAGCUGAUUGUUUGCCAAAUGAGCAGCACGCGGUGCCCGCCUUUGAACUGGUUGCUGCUUCCUCUCUUCUUGGUUGUGGUAGCAGUGAACAUAGGCGCAGCAGCCUCCCACCUGGAGAGUCUUCUCCUCUACGCGCUCACAGCAUCCUUCACGCUGGCUCACAUCCAUUAUGGAGUACAAGUGGUGAAGCAGCUGAGCAGCCAUUUUCAGAUUUAUCCAUUUUCAUUGAGGAAACCAAACUCAGAUUGACUAGGAAUGGAAGAGAAGAAUAUCGGCCUGUAAUCUUCAGGAAGUACUGUAAAUAGAUGCUUGUAAAUAUCUCAUACAUCACCAUCGAACUAAACUGGUCUGCUUGACAGAUGUGGGAUCGAUCGCAGUGUGGCAUGUGGACAGCAGGAGUGAGCUUGUGGAACUUCAGACUUUCUAACUCCCAACUUUAUUUUUUUAUGAAACCGUGAGACAUUUGGUUAAACACAGUGUACAUUAAACCAGCUAAAUGUUUCUAGCUUCAUGAGUCCAUAAUGUUUUGACUCAUAGAGUUAAAGAUGCUUUACUUCUGUGUUUAAAGUCCCCAGAUUGAUUCAGGAACGCUAAUAACAUUCAAAUAGCCACAGCAUGUCCUAAUAUUUGGUAUGUUAUAAAACGUCUUCAGCUAUGGAAAUAGUUGACAGCCCAAAUCUAAUGUAGAGAAGCAUCAAAAAAAGUCUCUGGCCAGAAAUACCAGUGUGCACUUGCCAAACCCUGGUUGCUUUCUUGUGAAUUGCGAGAGAUUGUCUGGUGUCCUGGCUCUUGCUGUGGCUAAAUGCUGAUAAAUGGUUUAAUUUUCUGUUAGAGAGAAGUGUUCUGUUGUUACUUGGUGUAGAAUGGGUUGUAAUUACAGCUUGCCAUUGUGGCACAGUUCAUGGUUUAAUAGUGGCGUUUCUUCCCGUCAGGAGUGGGUGCUGUGAGCUGUGUUUGGCAGCCUCAUUCUUAUUUGUGAGGAUGCAGAUGAAGUCCCUUGUGAGAGGAAGUUUAAGCUGGAGUUAGGAACCUCAGAACGUCAUGAUGAUCACGGUUAGCACCCUGCGCUGCCUGUCCACCUGUCUUUGCUCGAUUGCUUUCUCUCUCCUUCUUGGGGUGAGGUGCCAUAGUUUUUAAUUUCACAAGGGAUGAGGCAGAGAGACAGUCUCUCUCCCCUGACUCUCCCACCUCCCCAUUUAAAGAAAACUUUUGAUAUGUAUGCCUUACUGAGUAUGUACUCCCUUAAUAUGUCUCAGUAGGUUUUAAGGUUUACUGACAGCACAAAAACUCCCUUUUGCUGUAUUGUGAUUAUCUCAAAUCUCCCCUUUUUUUACGAAUGUGGAUGUUUUCUUUCUUUGAACUUUGCCUUUAGUUUGGUGGUGGUGAAAUUUAAUUGCUGAUUUUAUUUUUCAUUGAAUGAGGUUUGUGCUUAAAUGAAGAGUGUGUCUUAAACCCCUUUUAUAACUUUUGGGCAGGUUGCACUUGGAUAAGAUAGGCACCACUGUGUUGAUAUGUAAUUAAAUUUGUAACUGUUAUUUACCUAUGAAUAUGACCAUCCUUAAAUAUUGUAGCUCAUUCCUUUGUUGGGUUUCUGUCUGCUGCUUUGUAAAAAGUAACCAACUGAUACUCCACCUGAAUGUUUUUAAAUUCUAAUCAUUGUCAUCCAGGCUGUUGAAAAUGAGUCCGGGAGCUAACCCACAGCCCUGUGCUCAGUUUUAAUUGUUGUAAGGCUAUGUAUGUUUGGGGACUUUCUCUGACACUAAAAUUGAAAGCAAAAAUCAAUGAGAAAUUGAUGUAGAAAGUGGAUAGUGAUUCUGUAUUCGUUAACAAAUCAUGGAGGUCAGAAAACAAGCUGUUUGCACAAGGAUGAUUGUCCUGUGUACUCCAGCUCUGUAGAGUAAGAGUCAGGAGAGAACUUGGUUAUAAGGCUUUUUGGCUAAUCAUUUUUACUGUUUUCUUGACCUUGUACACAAGAACAUUCAUUUGUAUAAAAGAAAAUAACAUAACUAUGUAUAAGAAUGAAUUUGGAUCACAGGCUUUCUUCACCUUGUACAGUAUACUGAAGCAUCAUGUCCUGUAAUCUGGGGGAUCUUUCCCUGCCAAAUGUGUAUUUGUUCUCUUUUUGUUGCAUCAAGUGGAUUUGAAAAAUGUUUUGUGCCUUUUGUUCUGUGUUUAACAUGUCUAUGUGAUGGUAAAGAACUCUAUUAUAGUUUGUUGAUACUGUAGAGUGGAAAAGGAGACUGCUAAUUGAGAAGCAAACCCAGGCAGCCAGUGUUUCAGGAUCCUGUGGACUCACGAGUCCCUCCUAGGUUGCUCGUGUCCUGUGUCUUGAUGGUGCAUCUUAAAAGACCCAUUCGUCGUAUCAGCACAGCAAUACAGGAGCUCUGUGCAUCUCUGUCAUGCCCCUUCCUCUAUACCUCCCCAGUGUAAAUGGUACUGAAAACUUAUGUACUCUAUUUGGGUGAGUUUACCCCAUAUCUUUUCCCUGGUGACACAGAGCUGCCUUUUGGGGAGUAGCAUCAUGCUGUGUCUGUACUUGUGGAAUAGAGUGCCUAAGCCAGGUUAGGGGCUUGCAUUGUUAUACUGCUGGACUCAUGUUAGAAGGCUAUGGUAUGAAAAAGCCCUUUCAGGCUUGUCAGAAAAUAAUCUCCCUGUGUCUGAGAGGAUGUGAGACAGAAAAACAUAACAAUACUUAGAUAGCUGCCGCCGCCUCUGUUCUCUCAAUGAUAUUGAUUAUCGUAUUUCUGCACACUGUUUGAAAUUGCCACAAUCACUGUCUAAAAAAAUAGUAAUAGUUCAUAGGUUUCAGAGGAGUAGAGUGACUUCAAAGUAAAAAUAUAACCAUUCUUCCUUGGCAUUUCAAUAUCAUGACUAGCAUACUAUUAAUUUCAAUUUUGAAAAGAAAACAUCGAACAUGGUUUAGGAUAUUACAGUACCACUGCUAAUACUGCCAUUUGUUCUCUCCGGAGGCACUGAGGAGGGAGGUAUAUAUCUGGGUUAGCACAUGCUAAGUAUUUGCCCAGAGUGUUGCUUGUGACUUGGAGCGAAUGUUAAGGGAAUAUGUUGUAGUCAGAAGGUAUAUGGACGGCACCUUGCUUCCUGAAGCAGACUUCAAUUCCAUGUCCUAUGAAGAAUAAAAAGAUAUUUUUUUAAUUUA